AGGAAUGGGACGCUGAAAGUAUGGCGGAUGGAGAAGAGCCGGAGAAGAAAAGAAGGAGAAUAGCGGCGCUGACUGAGAAGUUAGUGAUGAAAUGCUAAGAGCUGGCUGCAGGUUUGAGGAUUGCUCAGCAUAGGGACUGUGAAAAUUCAUCCUGCAUUUGACUUGUAAACAACGCGGAGAAAUACUCAGAAAGCUCACUGACGGAUAAACCGUGUUCGUAUACUUUGGCAUUUUAAAACAUCUGCAUCACAAUAACAAUCAUGGCAGUUGAAGGUUGCAGUGUUGGUGACUGGGAUGGCCGCUGGAGUCAUGUGCAGAAGUUCCUUGAGAGAACGGGUCCUUUCACACACCCAGACUUUGAACCUAGUGAGGAGACGUUACAGUUUCUGUUGGAAACAUGCAAAAUCCUGGUCAUUGGAGCUGGAGGUCUUGGCUGUGAUCUACUGAAAAACCUGGCUCUGUCAGGUUUUCGUCAUAUUCAUGUUGUGGAUAUGGACAUCAUUGAUGUCUCCAACCUCAACAGACAGUUUCUCUUUAGGUCCAAAGAUGUUGGACGACCUAAAGCAGAUGUGGCAGCUGAGUUUAUAAACCAGCGUGUUCCUGGUUGUAAUGUUGUACCACACUUUAAAAAAAUUCAAGAUUUUGAUGCUUCAUUUUAUAGACAGUUUCAUAUUAUUGUUUGUGGGCUGGACUCGAUCAUUGCCAGGCGCUGGAUCAAUGGGAUGCUGUUGUCCCUGCUCUCUUAUGAAGAUGGAGUUUUGGAUCCCAGCUCUAUCAUUCCUCUGAUAGAUGGGGGGACCGAGGGCUUUAAGGGGAAUGCAAGAGUCAUCCUGCCGGGAAUGACAGCCUGUAUAGACUGCACACUGGAGCUUUACCCACCACAAAUCACUUUCCCAAUGUGCACUAUUGCCUCAAUGCCACGGCUACCAGAGCACUGUAUAGAGUAUGUGAGAGUGCUGCAGUGGCCCAAAGACAAACCCUUUGGAGAUGCUGUUGGCCUUGAUGGUGAUAACCCAGAACAUGUUCAGUGGGUGUUCCAGGAAUCUUUAAAGAGAGCAGCUGAGUUCAAUAUCACUGGUGUCACCUACAGACUUACUCAAGGUGUGGUUAAGCGAAUCAUCCCUGCUGUUGCAUCCACAAAUGCAGUUAUCGCUGCUGCUUGCGCCACAGAAGUUUUUAAAAUUGCUACAAGUGCAUAUAUCCCAUUGAAUAACUAUCUGGUUUUUAAUGAUGUGGAUGGAUUGUAUACUUACACAUUUGAAGCAGAAAGAAAGGACAACUGUUCAGCAUGUAGUCAGGUUCCUCAAAAACUACAGUUCCCACCAUCUGCAAAACUGCAAGAGGUGCUGGAGUAUCUGACUGAGAAUGCUUCUCUACAAAUGAAGUCUCCAGCUAUCACUGCAACACUUGAAGGCAAAAAUAAAACACUCUACCUGCAGACCAUUGCCUCAAUUGAAGAAAGAACAAGACCAAAUCUUUGCAAAACAUUGAAAGAGCUGGGAUUGGCUGAUGGACAGGAGUUAGCUGUUGCUGAUGUCACCACACCUCAGACUGUCCUCUUCAAGCUCAACUUCACGUCAGAAACAUGCAGCAUUAAACAUGUACAAACUUAAUUUAAUAGCAUAGGGUCCUCAAAUUCACUCACAACAGUUUCUUUGCAGCAUUUACCUAAGUAACUCCCUUCAUGUGUUGAAUCUGUAUUGGCUUUUUAUUCCAACUGAAAUAUCAUGUAUUGUUUUCUCAUUAAUUUGUAACUCAUAAUUUAUGGGGAACGUUGUCAUUUUAUCAACCAACAAUCCAGUAAAUUGUAAAGAUUAUUAUGCAAGGAUGAUAAGACCUGUACCACAAAUGUAGUAGAUUGGUGUUCAUUGGUAGAGUAGCAAACACUGCACAACCAACUUACUCCAGUCCCACUUAAGUUCUCAGUCAGAACACAAAUAUGUAUUUGACCAAUCAGCAUGUCUCAGAUGUGCAAAGGAGUCACUCGUCCUGUAUCUCUCACUACAUCAUACAUCAUAUUGUUCGAAUGAUCUCUAAGAUGAUGAAACCAAUCCUGUAUUGAAUUUCUUUAAAUAGUUUUGUGGGACAGGCCUCUUAAUCAUGUCAGUUGCAGUUUUUGUUUAGUAGGUGGCACUUCACAAUAAUGUCUCAUUGGUUAACAAUUGGUUAACAACAUGAAAUAUUAAAACUCAUUGCAAUAUUAUGAGUACAAUUAUUUAAUUAUGUCAUCCUGGUUUCGCGGACUCGCUCUCUCCUUUUAUACAAACACAGCUACUGUCAUUUUGCGACGAUUGUUUUGUAGUUACACUGUAAUGGAUUAUAAGAUAACUAACAGAUUUUAAACAUUUACGUCUUUAAUCAAUACGUUUUAUCACCAUAAUUAUUUAUGUGGUGAAAUGUUGUGUAAUAAGUGCUAUGAGUGCACCGUAUCAUAUCAUAAUAUUUCAACUCAGAUCAAUGUUUCCUGUCUGAUUAUUUACUUUUCUGGCAAACAGCCGUGUAAUAAGCGGGAUAAUGUAUAUCUGGUCCGUUUUAUCCCAAAAUAAAACCAUUCAGUCUUGUACAACGUCCUAAACUAAUGUUAACGAAUGGACCUUAGUGUAAAGUGUUACCAUUAUAGCUUUAUUUCUGUUUUGUUUUUGUAAAAUGUGUUUUAGGUUAAUAUGUACAUAUUGUUUUUGCAGAUGUUUGUGAAUGAAUUUGACCUGUAAUAAAUUCUUUGCUGAGGAA